AUGGUGCUGCUGGCUCCAUCGAUCAGCGCUCUCAAAACGCUAUUGUCGGUGUGUGAGCGUUAUGCGGAGGCCCAUGGACUUAGAUAUAAUGCGAAGAAGAGCGAGUGUCUGCUGUUCAAGGCAGGCACUAAAAGCUAUGAUGUACCACCUAUUACACUUGUAGGGACUGCUUUAGAGUGGGUCACUUCUUUUAAAUAUCUGGGGCACUGGGUCACUGCUACGCAGACUGAUAAUAAUGACAUUGAAAGGGAACGUAGGGCGCUGUCAGUCAGGAGCAAUAUGUUGAUCCGUAGGUUUGCAAAGUGCUCAAGGGAUGUCAAGAAUACUCUGUUCAGAGCGUACUGCACAUCUCUCUACACUUGCAGCCUAUGGGUCGACUAUACGCAGAGGACCUACAGCGCCUUACGAAUCCAAUUCAAUAACGCAUACAGGGCACUAUUGAGAUUGCCGCGACACUGCAGUGCAUCAGGGAUGUUUGCGGAGGCGCGUAUUGAUGACUUUCACGCUAUCAUCCGAAAGAGAAUCGCAUCCCUGAUGUGUCGGGUGCGGGGCAGCGCUAACAGUCUCUUGAGGACUGUGGCAGAUCGGACUGAUGGCCUCAUAUUAAAACACUGGACAAAGACGCAAGUGUUGUCUACAAACCGUGCCCAGAAGUAG